GUAAUUUUUCUUUCUGAUGCAAUUCUAUUUCUCUUUCUUACGAGUGGAAGUAGCUAAACAAAACUCCACAACAACAAAUUUUUAUUCUCUCUAAUUAUGAUAAUAAAAUAUAUUAAUUAAUGGGAAGAAAAAAAAAAACACAUAGCAAAAGAGAGAAUAUCAGAUAAAGCGUGGGCUUUUUUUUUUUUUUUCUUUAAUCUAAUUCGUCAUCUGUGUAAAAACAUUACAAAUAUUUUGGGUUCUUCCCAAACAUAUAUAAAAAACACUGCUUUACAUCGCCUUACAUAUAUAUUCCUUUGUGAAAAUUUUCGAUUCCUUUUCUUCCUACUCUUCCUUGGAAGCAAAGACAAUAACUAGUUUAGUCUAGUCUUUGUUUUAGGCCCAGCGAAGCAGCUCUUCUCUUUCUAUCUCUCCGUAAUGGCAAAGAAGAGAGAAGAAGGGGAUAUGGGUCUGUUAUUGGAUGGAAUAAUAGAGGCCAUGCCGUUGUUUGCCAAGGAACUGAUCGCCGGUGGGGUCGCUGGUGGGUUUGCUAAGACUGUCGUUGCACCACUCGAGCGUGUCAAGAUUUUGUUCCAGACCAGAAGAGCAGAAUUUCAGAGCAUUGGGCUAUUUGGAUCAUUUAAAAAAAUUGCAAAGACAGAAGGUGUUUUAGGUUUCUACAGAGGGAAUGGAGCGAGUGUUGCAAGAAUUGUCCCCUAUGCAGCCUUGCAUUACAUGGCCUAUGAACAAUAUCGCAGAUGGAUUAUUGAAGCCUUUCCCAAUGUAGAUAAGGGACCUGUACUUGAUCUUCUUGCAGGCUCAUUUGCUGGAGGAACGGCUGUACUUUUUACUUAUCCUCUUGAUUUGGUUAGAACUAAGUUGGCUUAUCAGGUUGUUGAUCCAUUAAAAUUGAGUGUUCAAGGAUUGGCAAACAAUGAACAAGUUUACAAAGGAAUUCUUGAUUGUUUCUCUAAGACUUACAAAAGUGCUGGGUUUAGAGGUCUCUACCGCGGUGUGGCUCCAUCUCUUUACGGGAUCUUUCCUUAUGCUGGUCUGAAGUUUUAUUUCUAUGAGGAGAUGAAGCGACAUGUGCCUGAAGAACAUAGAAAAAAUAUUAUGGUAAAACUUGUAUGUGGCUCAGUUGCAGGUUUAUUGGGUCAAACCUUUACAUACCCUCUUGAUGUUGUCAGGAGGCAAAUGCAGGUUCAACAAUUCUCGCCAUCACACGCCGCAGAAGUUAAAGGAACGAUGGAAAUGCUUAUUAAAAUUGCCCAAAAGCAAGGAUGGAAACAACUGUUUUCAGGACUUAGCAUCAAUUACUUGAAGGUUGUACCAUCUGUGGCAAUUGGAUUUACUGUUUAUGAUCUUAUGAAGCUAUACCUGAGAGUUCCAUCACGAGAUGAAGUUGUAGUUGAAGUGGUAACCAACAAAAGAAAUAUUCAGCCCUCGUCCCUUCAAUCCUAAUCAGAUUUUUUCUUCUAGAUCUAGGAAAGAAAAGGAAGGGGAAACGUUAAAUGUUUCUAUCAUUUGAGUUCUUUUAGAUUAAAAUUGUAAAUUCAAUUCUUUGGAGUUCCUAGCAAAACAAUUCCCUUCUUUGGAGCAUCUGUUUCAUAGAAGAUUUGGGAGGUUUCGUCCAUGCUUCUAUAUACCGGGGCAUGACCAAGGUUUCCAAAAAGGAGGAUGUUCUUUUGCGAAGACGGGAUUCUCAAUCAAUGUACAUAGAGAUGGUGGAAGCAAAUAAAGAACUAAUUGCUGUGAUGUUGUAUUGUACCUAUGACUGAAUAAUGAUUCAUAGCAGCCAGGCAGACCUAGGUAACUAGGUUUUAUGAUUAAAUUUUUUUGUAGAUUUGAUAAACAGCCAUCCUCUUCGACGGUGGUUUAGUAAUGCAGCCAGCAGAUUGGAACUAUUUCAAUUCCAUCGAGUUUUUAAUGUUUUCUAUUCUAAGUAUCUGGCAGAUUGAAAGUUUCUGGCACAAUCACAAUUUACUGUUUCAUAUUAAUAAUGUAACAGUGAACUUAAAAUAAAACACGUGAAAGACCCAUAAAUCGAUUUCCUCUUCAUUAAUUUUUAGUGCUCAUGAACAAUUAAAGAUUGGUGUGUAUAGUGUCGUAGUUAAAGACUGAUAACCACACAGAUGACUUGGUAUACAGAUCACAGAAGCACAAAGGGUGAACACUAGGUAGCCAAUGUUGUAUAAAAGAUAUGCACAUAAUAAACUUGCUAUAUUAAAUGGUGACUAAAAAAGUUACAAGAAUGAUUUACAACCAAGCAUUUUGUUAACUUACACCGCUGCUGAGUAAGUUUCAAGCCAAAACUUGUGUAUGCUCUUUCUUGGUACAACACUAGUAAAUUUCUUGCCAAACUUACUAGUGGAAAUCUCUAUCAAUUGUGCUUACAUUGUCUUCACCAGUAAUCACCACAGGAGCAUUUUCCGUCCUUGAAAUGGUGGAACCGCUUGUUAUCUCGUACUAUCAGUUCCCUUCCAACAAUUUUGGACAUGAUUUUUAUUGCAUUGUGGCAAUCACCACAGAUCCGGAGGUUCUUCAUAAUUCUAAGAGUUGUCCUUGGGGGAGUACUAAUCAAACCAUAAGCAAUGGCGAGGCGCUCGCUAUGAUACUGCAGGGCCUGCUCCUUUGCUUCCUCAUCAAUGUCAUGAAGCACAUAUCUUGUAUCAGGCACAUACCCUGCUUCCUUCAUCUGCCCAUUUAAACCUUUCAAUUUCUGGUAUGCCUCUUCCUUGUAAGGACUAGAACAGCGAAACUCACUGACCCUGUUCUUCUCCUCAAGCAUGUUUGUCACUGAAGACCUCUUCCUCUGAGGCAAUGGGAUUUUAUCCUCAUUGACCUUAGAAGGAUCAAUACUAACCAAUAACUCUUCAACAUGGUCUUCAAGUUCCAGAUCCCCAUGGAUUCGAGCAAAAUUCCUAAUAGCCUCCCAAACUUCAAAAGUAGGCUCAAAUGGCAUUUUCUCAAUGAACUCCUCUGCUUCAUUCAAAUGACCUGAUUUCCCAAGAAUAUCAAUAACCCCCAUGUAAUGCUCAAUUUCAGGCAUAGUUCCAUAUUCAUUCUUCAUUUCUUCAAAGUAUACAAACCCUUCUUCCACAGCUUCAGCACUGGCACAAGCAGCCAAAACCGCCAGAAAGGUUUCCUUAUCUGGGUUCAAUCUUACCUUCUUCAUUUCUUCAAACAAUAGAAUCCCAUCAUUACCUUGCCCAUUCGCUGCUAACCCAUUAAUCAUCAAAUUCCACGAGCUCACACUUCGCUCAGUCAUUCUAUCAAACACCUUGCGUGCAUCUUUCAUACUCCCACAUUUCCCAUACAUUUCAAUUAAUUUAUUGCUUAAUUCCAUAUCGCCACGGAACGUAAACCGCUUCAAGAACUCGUGGACUUUUUUGCCGAGUUCAAACGACUUGGAGUCGCGACAUGAAUCCAAUAGCGCACAAAAAACGUUGUAAUCAGCAGAAACGCCUUCGUCAAUAUACUUUAACGCCUCUUCGAUCUUACCCUGGUGACAAAGAGCUAUCAAAUCAACAUUCUGCUGGCGACCGUGAAAUGGGUCGCUUUCAUUUUGAUUGUUCAACCGAUGGUCGUUGGAAUUGGGCUCAUUCGGCCGUUGGAGUUGGCUCUUCUUGCGCCUCUCUGAAGGUUGGAGCUUGUUCGGAUACCUUGGGCCUUCACGCUCGGAGGGUCCGCCGUAGCGACGAGAGACUCCGUGGCUUUUGGCAUUGGGGACGGCGUAGGUACAGAUAGGCUUGGAUGAGGUGAUAUUAAGAGAAGAGGAAAGAGGAUGAAGGGUUCUUAGGAGGAGAAAGUGUGUUGUGGGGUGUGAGAGCUGAGUGAUUGUGGAUUUGAAGUUGGAAGACGAUGAAGAAGAAGGUACUGUGGAGUGAAGUGAUAACGGAGAAGGAGAAGCCAUUUCUGCGGAGACCCAGAUGCACUCACUUACAGAC